AUGAUAUCUCACAAAUACCGAAAAAGCAAAAGGUCGAAGUCCACAGAGCUUGGGGACCAACAACACUCCAACACCGCCGCCAUCCUCCUCCCACUAUACCGCAGCAUUACGGGCAGUUACCGCCAAAACAUCAACGACGUCGACAUCGACGUCGUGCCACCCGCCCCUCUCCAGGUUUCCCAAGUCCGCAUCAACAGACCAAUGAACAAGACUCAACCCCAAUUGCAAGCUUGUGAGAAAGUACCUCCUAGUAGGGAAGUGACGAUAGAACCGUCGGAAUCCACUCCGCCCCGUGACCCCAUCCGCACCUGCAACUUGCUUUCUGCAAGCUGCGAGUUUGAAGCACAUCAUAACCAUUCCAUGCAUCACACCGCCUUGUUCAUGCAUGCAACAGUGCAGCCAUCCCAUCACAGCGCGCGGGGAACGCCCGGAUGCACCGAUCCGCAGCGACAAGGCGACGAACCAGCGCGUGCAGUGCUCCAGGCUCCCCUCACAAUCGAAGACGCAAUCGCUCGUCGAGCGUCGUCUGCAGCUCCUCUCUGCCGUGAUCAACGCGGGUGGGUUGAGCGAAUGGCAGGCGGACCGGAGGCUAUUGUAUGGUCAUCCAGAGAUGAUGCUGAUGUGAUGCUCGGUUCCCCAGCACAAUCUCCUUCUCCUCUCCCCACUCUUGCCCACCCAUCCACUCUUGCUUCAACUUCACGUCUCGCCAGCCGCUCUCAACACGUGCGUCAAUGGGUUAGCUCUGCGUUGCUCACGAGCCGCUAUGGAUCGAUGGUCUAUCUCUGUUUUUCUCACGUCUCGCGUCCACAACCCUACCCAUACGCAGCCCUCACAACACAAUAG